CGUUACAACCCUUGGAAAUUGGGCCACAGACAUUUAAGUGGGCACGGACUCCAAACGGUCCACUCCCAAGUGUUAGCUUUCCAGGCUUGCGGUCCACUUCCAGGUGUCUCUUCCCAAGCUGCGGUCCACGCCUGACAUUUUUCCUCUACGAGCGGUCCCACCAUUAUCAUGGUGGGACAAGAGCUUUGAAUGACGCACGGUUCAAAACGGUCCAAUGACCGUUUACAUGCCAGACAGCCAUGUAUCCUCCAUCACCCCGGCACAACUCUCUCUAAAGCUGCCAAAAUGAAGAAAACUCUCUCUAAAGCUGCCAAGCUCUUCAACGGCAACAAGAAGGCCAAGGAGGAUGAAAAUGUUUCCUCCAUCACCCCGGCACAACUAAGGGAGAUGAGGGGAAUGAUUCCUCACGACUACCAAGUCCAGGAAGCCAAUGGAGCUACUUUGGAACACAACCAGAACACUCCCCGCCGUUUGAUCGUCCACUAUGACUCGGUCAAGAUGGGGUGGCAUUUCCCCCUCCAUCCUCUCUUGGUGGAAAUUUGUAACCGGUAUGCCAUCCCUCCCGACCAAAUUUCCUCCAAUUCUCACGAGUCCCUUUUCUGCUUCCUCGCUCGAUGCCACAUGAAGGGCAUCCAGCCUACUUUGGGGCUCUUCCUCUCCUUCUUUCGCCACCACAAGUAUGAUACCCCGGAGGACCUCCCCUUUCCCAACAUAUGGAGAAAGAAGGAGGAUAAGUUUCCUUCGCACACCUUUCCUUCUCGCACCCCGGACCUCGAGGAGGUUUUCCGCCUCCUCCUUAAGAACGGUCACCCGGUUCCCCGCGCUCUUCUCUCUAAGGAUUCGUAUUUCCGGGGUCUCGGAUUUUGGGUGUCUCCCGAUGUUUCUCUUCAAGCACUAUCGGGGAACACUACUUCUUCUUGGGCUCCUCCCCUCAGGACCACACGAUUUCGCAAGGGGUCGCGACGAUCCUCUCGAAGGGAUCUUUCUCCAGAAGAGGACUCUAAGGACGAAGAUGUGGGGUCCGCAGCCGGGGAUCAACCUCUGCCUCUUGCCAACCACCCUUUCGUCCAGGAGGAGGUGGUAGUCGAGGACGUCUCCGAUGAUGGCGGUCUCUACGAUUUCCCUCCAGGGAUCUUGAGGGGGUCCAACUUCAACCAUCGUCUUCAAGAGAUCCAACAGUUCUGGAGGGACCACCCAGAUGUGGUUGAUAGUCCGACCUGGUCGUUCAUGUUGGAGGAAUAUACUCGGAUGACCGAGUAUGUGGCCACUUCUGCCACCCAACGCCAUUCCCUCCGCCUCCUGGAUCGUAACGCUGCUUUGUCUCAGGAAUUGGGCAAUUUCCGAUCCCAACACUCUAUUUGUGUUGAGCGCUGAUAAGUCGUUUUUGGGUUAGUUCUUUUU